CCCCCUCUUCCUUCUUUCUUUUCUUACUUACCACUUGACAACUUUCUCCACUUUCCUCUUCUCAUUAUUCUUCAUAUAAAAUCUCUUAUGAAGUUUAUCUCAUCAUCAUGGAUUAUUAUCAACUUUUUUAUAUUUUCCUUUUCUUACAUUUCUUGUUCUAUGAUAAAUCUUUGGGUGAUGCAACAAUUACAUUACUAAAUAAGUGUGAUUAUACAGUUUGGCCCGGAUUAUUACCCAAUGCAGGAAGCCCGGAUUUGGGUUCUACUGGUUUCGAACUUUCCUCUGGUGGGGUCAAAUCAUUUCAAGCUUCACCAGGAUGGUCAGGCCGAAUAUGGGCUAGAACCCGAUGUGGGCUUGACCCAACCUCAGGAACUUGGGCAUGUUCUACAGCUGAUUGUGGGUCGGGUCAGAUUGAAUGCAACGGGUUAGGGGCUAACCCACCCGCUACCCUUGCUGAGUUUACCAUUGGAUCAGGUCCAGGUGAUCAUGACUACUAUGAUGUAAGCCUGGUAGACGGGUUCAACAUCCCAAUGGUGGUAGAAGCCGAAGGCGGGUCUGGGUCGUGUCUGACAACGGGUUGUGCAUCGGACUUAAAUCAGCAUUGCCCGAAUGAGUUACGGGUGGGUAAAAAUGAUGCAUGUAAGAGUGCAUGUGGUGCAUUCGGGACUCCGGAAUAUUGUUGUAGUGGAGAAUACGGAUCUCCGAAUAGAUGUACGCCAUCUUUGUAUGCACAAAUGUUUAAGACAUCAUGUCCACAUGCAUAUAGCUAUGCUUUUGAUGAUGCAACAAGCACAUAUACAUGUAUGGCUGCUGAUUACACCAUUACAUUUUGCCCCUCUUUAACAAGCCAGCAAAAAUCAUCACUUGAUUCUCAAUUACCUUCGCCAACUGAUUCAAACACAGGAUCAGGAUCUGGAUCUGAAUCUGGAUCUGGAUCUGGAUUUGGAACCUUUUUUGGAAUUGAUACAUGUCAUGAAAAAUUUUGCGUAGGAGGUGGUCAAUUUUUGUCCAAUGCAAGCAAAAAAGUUAUUGUUGCCGAGAAACUUGUGAUUAUCUUCAUUGUUGUUUCAUCAAUUCUUCAUUUUGUUGUUGUUUUAUGAUUUUUUUCCUCGACGAACAAUUUUCUUCUACAAUCAUAGCUACACGAUGAUACAAUAACCCGUUUAAAAUCCAUCCAAGCAUAUUCAAAAUUCGUUGCAAAUAGGAGCGUUAUUAUAAAAUUAAUUUCGGUUAUUUUAUGAUCACAUUUUUGUUGAGUUCAAUCUCAAAAAAGAAUGGAGAAAAUGUACAUAGUUAUUUUCUAAUUUAGUUAUUUGUAUUGUAAAUAAACAAUUAUAAAACAGUGAAGCUACGAGCGAGUCUUACUUUUGAACGUUAUAAUGAUAUCAUCUUCCCGACCACUACAAAAAAAAUUGUGUAUAUCUAUGCGUAAAAAUCUAUUCAUUC